CAAUAUAUAGCCCUCAUUUAUUUCAAACCCCCAAUCCUCAUCCUUUAAAGCUCUUAUAUACUGGUUCUCCUCCUCCUAAUUCCUCAUCACUAUUCCUUUCAAAUUCUCUUCUAUUAAUUCAAAUUUCUGCAACAUCACAUCGAAUUUGGAGUUCUGGGUAUCUCUUGAAAAUGGAGUCUGAAACCUUAAAAGAUUCGUAUAAUGAUGAGGUGGAAGUCAUCGGAAAAUUAACCGAAGAAUUCACAGAGCAGCUAAAGAAGAAACAACAGAUGAUAAUCGAAGAUCAAACAGAACAAUAUAAUAAUGAUGACGACGAUGAUGAUGAUGAGGUUGAAGAUGGUGACGAUGAAGAAGAAGAAGAGGAGGAGUUUUCUUUCGCGCCUAUGACAGACGCGCCUCCGAUAACGGCGGAGGAGGUGUUCUACAACGGUCAAAUCCGACCCCUUUUCCCGUUAUUCAAUCAAAACCUUCUUUUGUCCGAGGAUGAUUUGGAAAAGUUGAAGGAGCGAUCACCGGUAAACAAGAUAUUUAUACAAACAGAAGAAAAUUCUCCGGCAACUUCCUCUUCAUCGGAAAAUCAAGAAAUAGCUGGACCGUUUUGUGAAUGGUCCAAAGAUAAUAAGGCAAUUGAAGCUUCUUCUUCUUCUUCUCCUGAGGUAUGCAAAAAGAGUAACUCAACAGGAUUUUCAAAGCUAUGGAGAUUCAAAGACUUUCUUCACCGGAGUAACAGUGAUGGACGAGACGCCUUUGUGUUCUUGAACCCUGCCACAACUACUCCGGCGAAGACAGAAGAAAAAGUCGAAGUCAACGAGCAAGUUUUAACACAGAAGAAUAAAAAGAAGAAGAAGGGUACUGUUGUAAAGAAGAGCGAAGGUGUGUUAGCACAUGAAGCUUACAUGAAGAGUAAAGCUAAGGAUGAAGAUCGCCGGCGAUCGUAUCUUCCUUACCGGCCGGAGCUCGUCGGAUUUUUCACUAAUGUGAACGGCGGAUUAACGAGGAACGUACAUCCAUUCUAACAAGGCAUAAAAAUUGGUGCAAUGGAGUUAGUCUUAAGUUAUUUUAGUUUUUUUUUUCUUGGGUUGAUGAAAUCUUUAAUUUUUUUUAAUAUUAUAGUGUAGUUGGUUUUGGAAGAUAUGUUGUCAAUAUUAUUAGGUCGGUUUGAUUAGAUCAAUAUGGCUUAAGCCUUAAGGGAUAUAGGUAUAAGUUGGCAUUUCCCCCCCUUAUUUGAGCUUUGUAAAUCUUAAUUUACCAUUUUGGUUUUACUACUUUUGCAAACCUUUGACCAUCUAUUGGUGGUUGUAUAAUUAAUAUUUACAUAUGAUAAGGAUA